UGCUCCGUGGUGCCUCGUCGAGGCGUGCGAGGAGCGAAGGCGGCCGCCGGCCGGCCUGCCGGAGCACCGGCCGUAGGUUUCAGUGGCAAAGGGGCGGAGGAGUGCGGGGCAGGCUGGGCUCCCCCGGCCCGGCCUUCCGCUUGGCGGUCGGUGUGCCUGUUCGGUGCCAUCCCGUCGCUGCCAGCCCUCCCCAACGCCCCAUCGCAGCUGCCUUGCCCGGAUCCUGCAGGCUGGAGCCGGGGCUUCCCUUGUCGAGUCACCCCAUCUCUUUGGGCGUCUUCCUCCUUCCUGCCGCCUUCCACUUUCCCUUGCGUUAUUGGCUUUUCCAAGGAGUUUUGUCUCCUUGUAAUGCGACCAAAGUAGGAUAGCCUCAAGUUUGGGCACUUUAGCUUCUAGGGAGAGUUCUCUUUAUUUGUCUGUUGGGCCAUCCAUCGGAUCCACAAAACUCCCCUCCAGCACCACAUUUCAAAUGAAUCCAUUUUCUUCCUGUCAGCUUUCUUCACUGUCCAACUUUCACAUCCAUACAUAGUAACUGGGAAUACCAUAUCGUGGAUUAUCUUGGUGUUAGUCCCCAGAGAGGCAUCCCUAUGAAUCUUUUCGAGUUCCCUCACAGCUGCUCUUCCAAGUUUCAGUCUUCUGAUUUCUUCAUUGCAGCCUCCCUUUUGGUUGGUGAUUGACCCAAGGAAUAGAAAAUCUUUUAACAGCUUCAAUUCCUUCAUUGUCAGCCUUAUAACUGUGUAAUUCUUCAGUAGCCAUAAUUUUUGCUUGCUUGAUGUUCAGCUGUAAUUCUGGUUUAGCACUUUUUCCUUCAACUUUCAUCAUUAGUCAUUUCAGGUCAUUAUUUUCUGCCAGUAAUGUGGCGUCAUCUGCAUGUCUCAAAUUGUUAAUGUUCCUUCCGCCAAUCUUCACUUUCUUCUAAAUCUAAUCCAUUUUUUCUUAUGAUAUGUUCUGCAUAUAGGCUGAACAGAUAGGGAGAUCGGAUACAUCCUUGUCCAACACCUUUGCCAAUUGGAAACCAUUCUGUUUCCCCAUAUUAUGUCCUAACAGUAGCCUCUUGCCCAAAGUACAGGUUCCACAUCAAAACAAUCAGAUGUUGUGGCACACCCAUUCUUUUAACUCCAUCCAUAGCUUCUCAUGAUCUACACAGUCAAAAGUUUUGCUGUAACCUAUAAAACACUGGCUGAUUUUCUUCGGAAAUUCCCUGGUAAUCUCCAUUAAGCCAUUGUAAAUUUGCAGCAUGAUCACUAGUAUCUCUUCCUUUUCUGAAUCCAGCCUGAACAUCUGGCGUAUCUCAUUCUGUAUAUGGUAAGAGUCUUUGUUAUAGAAUUUUGAGCAUCACUUUGCUUGCAUGGGAAAUUAAUGCAUUUGUCCGAUAGUUGCUGCAGUCUUUGGCAUCUCCUUUUUUUGGAAUUGGAAUGUAGACUGUGCUGUGCGUUUCCAGUCUGUGGACCAUUGAUUUGCUUUCCAUAUUUGUUGACAGAUUCUUGUUAAGGUUUUGAUGGACUCAGUUUCUGUUGCUUGAACUCUCUCUAUUGAUAUCCCGUCUCCUUCAGCUGCCUUGCUGAGAGUGUAGCUUUCACUUCACUUUCUAAAAUUUCAGGUUCUUUGUCAAAAGAGUCUUCUUUGUAGGAAUCUGUAUUCUUCCAUUUCUUCUUUAUAACUCUCAGCGUAUUGUUUCCAUCUUUAUUUUGUCCUGAUCAGAUACUGUAUUUCCAUGUUGAUCUUUCAGCAUCCUUACCCAUUGUUUGAAUUUCCCCUUGUAACUCCCAUUGAAAGUGAAUUCUGGCAAGUCCAUCUUCCAUUGUUCCCUUCUCCAUGAGUAAAUUUCUGUGAAGUUCAGGAGAGAGGCAGGGACUUAAAAAAACCAACAACCUAAAAUGCAUCAGGAAAAAUGAUCAUGAACUGAUUGUGGGAGCUGGUCCCCCACACACACACACAUGUGUGUGUUUGUAUAAAGCAUCUGACACACAAAAGGCUUUACAGUUUUAGUUUGAAAAGUAAAUCUGGUGGUCAGAGGGAGGGUUAGGGGAGAGAGGUGGGAGCAGGGCAAGGAGGGGAAGGCCUGCCCCUCCCAGAAGCCGAGUGGCACAAGGCAGGAGUGGAAGAAAAGGAGUCAGGGGAUUUGUGGUGGCUCCUGCCCUUUGAGCAUUUCUAGGUCACAACCCAGACCUUGAAGCAGCUGCAGCCGCUUUUUACAGAAAGGAGGAAAUACAUAAUACAGUCGCAGGCUAAUGUCUUCCUGUCACUCUCACAGAAUGACAUCUCUGUCACAUUUUUGCCAUGGGAUGGAGACAGCAGCAGUGCAGACCGCACAGACUUCAGUGAGUUUCCAGGACGUGGCCGUGUAUUUCUCCAAAGAAGAGUGGACUCUGCUGGAUCCAGUCCAGAGGUCUCUGUACAGGGAGGUCAUGCUGGAAAAUUAUGGAAACGUGGCCUCUCUGGAAGGAAUUGCAUUUCCCAAACCUGAUCUCAUUGCUUGGCUGGAAGAAGAAGAUCCUUUUUUCCAAGACCCUGAUGAAGCUGUUGGUGGGCAAGGUGGUAAGAACGGCAGGGAUCUUUGUGAAGUAUCAUCAGAAAAAGCUGAGCAUGAAGAAAAGGAUGGUAAUUUUGGAAAUGAAGAAGGAUCUGAGGAGCAGGCUGGAGAGGAAGCAGAGAGCUGGAUGGCUACGCCUGUUGUUUAUCAGAGGGAUGGCUUCCAUGAAACUCUGGUUCAUCAAGAGUAUCACACUGGGAAAGGAGACUAUCAGUGCCCGUCCUGUGGGAAAAUAUUCAGUUGUAAAUCAAAGUUGGAUACACAUUCCCGAACCCACACAGGCGAGAAACCCUAUGACUGUUUGGUGUGCGGAAAGAGUUUUAGUCGGGCUGCAAACCUUACAGUGCAUCAGAGAAUUCACACAGGGGAGAAACCAUAUAAAUGCUUGGAGUGUGGAAAGACCUUCACUCAAAGCACAGGCCUUGCUUCCCAUCAAAGGAUGCACACAGGGGAGAAGCCCUUCCAGUGCUUGCAGUGUGGGAAGCGAUUCCGUCACAACACACACCUCACUUCACAUCAAAGACUCCACACAGGGGAGAAACCAUACAAAUGCCUGGAGUGUGGAAAGAGCUUCCGCCUGAGCACAAGCCGUAGCUCACAUCAAAGAAUUCACACUGGGAAACGACCUUAUCAGUGCUUGGAGUGUGGAAAGAGCUUUACUCUCAGUGCAUACCUGACAGAGCACCAGAGAAUCCACACAGGGGAGAAACCGUAUCAGUGUUCGGAAUGCGGAAAGAGCUUCAGUCGCACCACAAGCCUUAUUUCCCAUCAACGAAUCCACACAGGGGAGAAACCCUAUCAGUGCUUGGAGUGUGGAAAAAGCUUCCGUUUGAGCACAUGUCUUGUUAGACAUCAAAGAAUGCACUCUGGAGAGAAACCUUACAAAUGCCUGGAGUGUGGCAAGAGUUUCAGUCACAGUACACGUCUUACUUCCCAUCAAAGAAUCCAUACAGGGGAGAGGCCAUAUAAAUGUUUGGAGUGUGGAAAGAGCUUCUGCCACAGUACUAGCCUGAGUGCACAUCGGAAACUCCAUGCAAGGAAGGAGCCAUUUACCUGCUUGGAGUGUGGAAAGAGUUUCUGCCACAGCACAACCCUUAGUGCACAUCGAAAACUUCAUACAAGAACAGAGCCCUUUACAUGUCUGGUUUGUGGAAAGACCUUCCGUCACAGCACCAGCCUGAGUGCGCAUCGAAAAGUUCACACACAAAAAGGACUCUAUAAGUGUUUGGACUGUGGAAAGAGCUUCCUUGAGAGUACACAGCUCAGUCCAGAUCUAAGAAAUCACCUGGGGGAUGCACCUUCUCAAUGCUCAGAAUGUAGAAAGAGCUUCAGCCAGGUUUCCACUGCUCAGGCUUCUCCUCCCAGUGCCAGCAAACCAGGUGGAGUUACAGGAGUCCAAUCCAGGGGGGAAUUGGGACCGAUGGAAGAGGGGGCUUUAGAUCUGGGUUUGAGGAACUUCCCCCUUGAUGAAGGGGACACCCUGGAACCCAAGGAGCAAGCUGAUCUUGCUCUGAUGUUCCCAACUGCCCUAGGUUCACCUGAUGUUGACAGCCGAGUGGGCUGUUUGGUGACCAAGGGGCAGCUGGAGGCGACACCGCGAUCUCUUCCUUCUGCCCUUCCCUCUGAGCUCAAACCCACCAGUUCCAGUGGGAGGCAGGGGGAGAAACGGCGCAGGUCUGCUGUGUGGGAGCACUUCCACCUGAAGGAGGACCCUCGGUUAGUGGAGUGCCUUCUCUGUGGGAAGGAAGUCAGUCGGGGGAAGGUGAUUGGGCACCUCACAAAUUCCGGCAUGCUGAACCACCUCCGGACCCACCAUGACUCUGCCCUGGUUCAUGCCUAGGCAGGCAAGGUGGGGUUCUCUGCUGCUGAGUCUGCUCAGGAUUGAUUCCGCUGCAAAAAGAAGAAGGAGGCACUGGGGGCUUCAGCUGAAUCUCAGCAUUGCUGCUCUUGAACCACAGCAAACGGCGAUGGAGGAGAUGGGGAGGCACUGCCAAAGGAAGCCCUCGGAAGGUGGGAUGGCUAAUAGGCCUGUGCUCUGCAGCCAGCCCUUCAAAACGGUAACACAGUUUAUCAAGAUCCAAAUGUAGCAGAACAAGGUGCUGUCUCUGUACUGGGCCAGCCGGAUCUGAGUGGCAUGUUGUGUAUUUCAGCUGGAGCAACCAGCGUGUGCAGGACCCCUUUCCCAGCUUGCUCAUCAGCAGCAGAUGGAAGAUGCAGGACGGAGCAGUGGGUGUUGGUCAGGUAGUGGCAGGGACACACACACACACACACCCUGGCAUCGCUCUGUGCCCAGGUACUGAAGGAACACUCGCAUUUUGUUCUGCUGGCCAGCAACAAUAGUGGGGAGAGUGUGCAGUGUAGGGGAGAAGGAUCAUCUGUCACCAAGGGCCACGUGGUGCCAGCUGAUGGGAGCAAGACAGAGAAGGAUGAGAAGUUUGUGGGCAUCACUGCAUUGUUCUCUUCUCCUUGAGAGAGGACGUGAGGGAAAGGGUGAAAUGGGAUUAAGGGAUACAGUGGAGAUUCACCUUUUGGGGGAGGCCCAGAGAGCAAUCCUAAGCAAGUCUGCUCUCAAGUUUGCUCAAAGGGGCUUAUCCCUGGGAAAAUCUACUUAGGAUUGCCCUGAAAAUGCCUCCCUCUGCCUACUUUGUAAUGUCGCCUGCCUUCCGGAGAUUCCAAAUGUUUGCCUCUGCCCAGUCUGGCAUGCAAGAAUCCCCCUGGGGUACAAAUACUGCCCUCCCCUCCACAUUUCAUGGUCAUUAUAUAGAUGGCUUUCUCUAUAUAAAACAAAAAACUAGAACUCUUAUUUUAAUUGUCCGUAAAAUGAGUUAUUUCUUCCAGCUAUCUUAAUUAUCGUUUGACUGAGCAGUUUGCAUUUUGUAAUAUAACCAGUAGCCCUAAUCCAGAUCUCUGUAUGAUACAUCCAUCUAGUUUUAUCCCAGUCUUCCUCUAAGGGUCUCAGGGUGAAAUACAUGGUUCUCCCCGUUUAUUUGAUCCUCACACCCUCCCUGGGAGGUAGGCAAGGCUAAGACAGGUCCUGACCAUCAUGGCUGAGUGGAGACUUAAAGCUGGGCCUCUGCAUUCUAACCAUACCAGCAUUCAAGCUGUGACAUGCCCAGCUAGCUGGCUUUGGAUAAAAGCAAAGACAAGAUCCAGAACUGUGUUUCCUCUUGAAGCCAGUGGGAAUGCAAAUGAAUACAGUAAAGAAAAAUGUGAAGAAGCAAAAGUGAAAAAAGCUUCUGAAAAGUGAAGAGCAAUGGCAAAAUUGCAACCCCCAGGGAGGGACUGGUGUCUUUGUGCUAGAGCAUUUGCUUUGUAUGCCGAAGUUCAAUCCUCAGCAUCUCCAGUGAAAAGGAUCAGGUUGCAGGUGAUCUCGAGCUGAGAACUUGGAGAGCUGUUGCCAGUCUUGAUGGACCAACGGUAUGAUUUGGUAGAAGACAGCUCGAUGUGUGUUCACAUCCCAGGCAGAAGCUGAGCUUCACAUUAAAGAACCCAUAUAGGAGAGAGCAACGCUCUGGUGAUGGUAAAAACUUGAGUAGAACAUCAGCUCUCGUGAGUCAUCAGCGAAUUUGCAUCGUGGAGAAGACGCUCAGUGGCCAAGCACAUCUCCAAGAACGGCCAGUCCCCCCCCCACACCAUCCCAGCUGUUUGGUGCCUUUAGAUUUACUUAAUUAAGGGGCAUUUUAGUGUACAGCUCAAUGUCUAGGGUUUGGCGGGUGGAGGAGAAUGGUGUGUCUGUCACUAUUAUGUUUUAAUGUACUCUGGUUGAUACAAGCAUUGAAACUGUUUUCAGUUCUUUUUUGAACAUAACAGGCUGCCUCAAAAGUCUGUGUUUGCUAGAAGGUGGGGUAGAAUUUUGAAAUCAAAUAAGUAUUAGUAAUUAGAGAUCACAGCAAUUGUUCUGAUUACCAGUGAGAGAGCCUGAUAAAUGCUAGAUUUAUCCUAUAAACACUUUCUGGAGUGUUUGUGUCCUAAUUACACUUGUGUAAAUAAAACUGAACUUGCUUCCA